UUAUGCUUUGUUUUACUUUAAUAAAAUUUCUUCAACGGAACUUCAUUUCUGCAGUUUUACGCACCGAAUGUGUGUAAAUUCAUUGAAGUCUGAAGAGUUUUAUCCCGUUUUGCAAUGAGUAUGUCGGACAUAUCGACAGAAUCUGAGCUAACCGUAGCCGAAGAGGAAGAAGAUCGCAUAAAUAUCGGACUCUAUAUCGGUGGUCGCAAUGCAGCUGGGCAACGUCAUGGACGUGGGUGGGCCAUACUUCCCAAUGGGGAUCAAUAUGAUGGGCAAUAUCGUCAGGGCAGGCGUCAUGGCAUCGGUUUGUACGUAUUCAAGGAUGGAUCACGCUAUUACGGGUGCUAUCGUUGUGGACAUCGUUCGGGUCGAGGUAUUUUCAUCUAUCCCGACGGUAGUAUGUAURAGGGUUGUUGGCGCAAGAAUAUUAAACAUGGCAAAGGACGCUAUAAGUACGUUAACAAUGAUUGCUACAUGGGUAACUGGUACCGCGGUCUGAGGCACGGGGUCGGUGUCUAUUGCUUUAAGUCCGAAGAGUGCGGGGAGCUACGUUUCAAAGGUACAUGGCGCAUGGGUGUUCGUGUGGGACCAUUCCAAAUAUUUUAUGGGGACGAAGAUCGUUCAACUAUUCUACAUGGAACCUGGGACAAUGAGUACCCGCAAGGUCCAGCUGUGUUCACCUUUGAACAACGUUACAUGCUGAUGGGGUUCUUUCAAACACCUGGUAUGACGUAUAAAGUUAAGAAAAGUGAGGGCGACACUGAAGAGUUCGGUGGCGAAGUCGAAACCGAACGUAAUGAGAAUGGGGUAUACGUCGAUGUAUUACCAUCACAGUGGUUUGCUCAAGAUAUUUGCUGUUAUGAUUAUGCUCAAUUGCCACAAGAGCCUGUACCAUUGCCUUUGUCCGAUUCUGAGGUGUCUGUGUGCUCUUUAAGCACAGUGCCGACGGAGUUGACGCUACAGCGUAGCAUUUUAUAUGUUGGCGAAGCAGAAGAAGAAGGAGAGGGUGAGUGCGUGGAGUGCAUUCCAUGUGAGGGUGUUAGUGAGAGUGAAAUCGAAACGGAAAGUGAGCGUAUCUGCAGUCAGCAAGCUGAUCCCUGUGCUAUCGAAAUCAUUAGUGAACCGAAAGAAUGUUAAUUUUCAAAUAUUCACUAAUAUUUCCUGUGAUAUUUUUUUGUGUACUUUACAAUUAGUUUUGUCAAUUAUUUUAGACCUAAUGAAACGCUAAAAAUAAUUGCAAAUUGAAUUUGAUGGAAUUACAUGCCUAUGUACUUACAGAAGAAUGCUAUAAAAAAUAUUGAGGUUAGUUUUUGUAUUUGUUACGGUUGUUUU